AUGUUCGAUGGUGUGGAAGGAGUUGGAGUAUUCCUUGAUGACGUGGUCAUAUGGGGAACCACACGAGCUGAGCAUGACGAGCGUUUGGCAAAAGUAAUGGAAAAAGCAAAGCAAGCAGGGCUGAAACUGAAUAAACAAAAAUGUCAGUUUGGGGUGAGUGAAAUAACUUACCUGGGAGACAAACUGUCUGCUGCAGGGAUACAGCCGGAUCCUGAAAAGACGGAGUGUGACUUGGAAAAGGGUUUGGAGAUGAGGAAGUGGGUGCUGUCUGGGAUCCUGGCCAGCGAGGAGACGUAUCUCAGCCACCUGGAAGCACUGCUGUUGCCCAUGAAACCGCUGAAGGCCGCAGCCACCACCUCUCAGCCCGUCCUCACUGUGGCUCAGAUUGAGACCAUCUUCUUCAAAGUGCCUGAACUAUACGAAAUCCACAAAGAGUUUUAUGACGGUCUGCUUCCACGAGUGCAGCAGUGGAGCCACCACCAGAGAGUUGGAGACCUCUUCCAGAAGAUGGCUAGCCAGCUGGGAGUGUACCGCGCCUUUGUGGACAACUACGAGUUGGCAGUGGAGACGGCAGAGAAGUGUUGCCAAGCCAACGCACAGUUCUCUGAGAUAUCUGAGAAUUUGAAGGUGAGGAGCCCAAAAGAUGGAAAAGAUACAACAGCAAAGAACUCCCUAGAAGCCUUGUUGUAUAAGCCUGUGGACAGAGUGACUCGCAGUACACUCGUGCUCCAUGAUUUGUUAAAGCACACUCCAGCGAGUCACCCCGAUCACCCGCUGCUACAAGACGCUCUGCGGAUCUCACAGAACUUCCUGUCGAGUAUCAACGAAGAGUCUGCUCCUCGAAGGCAGUCCAUGAUGGUCCGCAAGGGAGAGAACAGACAGCUGCUGAAAGACGGCUUCAUGGUGGAGCUGGUGGAAGGAGCCAGGAAACUCCGACACGUUUUCCUCUUCAGUGAUCUACUGCUCUGCACAAAGCUGAAGAAACAGAUUGGAGGGAAAAGCCAGCAAUAUGACAGUAAGUGGUACAUCCCUCUGACGGAGCUGACCUUCCAGAGCCCGGAGGACACAGAGCCCCUCAGUGUACCCCAGACUCCAGACGAGGAGCUGGACGCCCUCAAGGUGAAGAUCUCUCACCUUCGGAGCGAGCUGCAGAGAGAGAAGAAGGCUAACAAAGGCUCAAAGGUGAUCGAUCGGCUGCGGAAGAAGUUGUCGGAACAGGAGUCUCUGCUGCUGCUCAUGUCUCCCAGCUUGUCCCUCCGACUGCACCAUAAGAAUGGAAAGAGUUAUGCUUUCUUACUGUCAUCAGACUAUGAACGGGCCGAGUGGAGAGAGAUUCUCAAGGAGCAGCAAAAGAAAUGCAUUAAAACUCCUGCAUUGUCGUCGAUGGAGCUGCAGAUGUUGACCAGCUCCUGUAUCAAGCUCCAGACAGUUCAUCAUAUUCCUCUCAGCAUCAACAGAGACGAUGAUGAGUGUCCUGGUCUGAGUGGCUUUCUGAAUGUAAUCGUCCACUCUGCCUGUGGCCUCAAACAGAGCCUGAGUGAGUCAUCCACCUCCAGCCCCAACCUUUACUGCACUUUGGAGGUGGACUCCUUUGGGUUCUUCUCUAAUAAGGCAAAGACGAGAGUGUAUCGAUACACCACAGAGCCCAAAUGGAAUGAGGAGUUUGAGAUUGACCUGGAGGGCUCUCAGACCCUGCGGCUGCUCUGCUACGAGAAGUGCUACAACAAAACCAAGCAGAACAAAGAGGAUGUGGAGAGCACCGACCGCAUCAUGGGAAAAGGACAGCUCCCGCUUGACCCUCAGCUUCUGCAAGGGAAAGACUGGCAGAGGACCGUGAUUCCUAUGAAUGGGAUCGAGGUAAAAUUAUCCAUGAAGUUCACCAGCCGAGAGUUCAGUCUGAAGAGGAUGCCGUCACGAAAACCCAUGGGUGUCUUUGGAGUCAAGCUCUCCACAGUAACCAAGCGUGAGCGCUCGAAGGUACCCUAUAUAAUCCGUCAGUGUGUGGAGGAGAUUGAGAGGAGAGGGAUGGAGGAGGUCGGCAUCUACAGAGUAUCAGGAGUGGCCACCGACAUACAAACCCUAAAAACUGCAUUUGAUACGAAUAACAAGGACGUGUCAGUGAUGAUGAGUGAAAUGGAUGUGAAUGCUAUCGCUGGGACAUUGAAGCUGUACUUCAGGGAGCUGCCAGAGCCGCUGUUCACCGAUGAACUCUACCCCAACUUCGCAGGCGGCAUCACGCUCACGGACAGCGUUGCCAAAGAGAGCUGUAUGCUGAACCUGCUGCUAUCACUGCCAGAGCCCAACCUCGUCACAUUCCUUUUCCUAUUGGAUCACCUCAAAAGGGUGGCAGAGAAGGAGAGCGUCAACAAGAUGUCCCUCCACAACCUGGCUACAGUGUUUGGGCCGACCUUACUGAGGCCGUCAGAGAAGGACAGUAAGAUCCCUGCCAACCCCACGCAGCCAAUCAGCAUGGGUGACAGCUGGUCCCAAGAAGUCAUGUCACAGGUCCAGGUGCUGCUGUACUUCCUGCAGCUGGAGACCAUCCCCACUCCGGACAGUAAACGGCAGAGCAUCCUCUUCUCCACAGAAGUAUAA